GACCUGGAUGAGAGUGAGGAUGAGAUGGAAGACAAGCCCAUUCCCAACAGGCGUGAGGAGCGUCCAGUUAGCUGUAUUAUUCCAGGCAUUGGCCCCAUGAUGCCAAACAUGAGCGCUCUGGCACGGGAUGUGGCUAAUGUGGUCAAUAACAAGCAGAGGUCUUUUAUUCCAAGCAUGAUCUGCAACGAGACUUACGGCACCAUGCUUGAUGUUAGUCCACCGCCUUUGGGUUUACCAGGGGUGCCGGGUAUUCCUCCUCUACCGCUUCGUACCUUGGGAAGGGGGUGGAGUCCUCAAGCGGACAUGGUCGGUAGGCAGAGAUCAUGCUCAGACCCUUCAAACCCUCAGAGUCCAGACAAAAACAUCUCAGUGUAUGUGCUCCCCCCUGCUCCGCCACCUCCUCCCGCGGCCAAAAGACCACCACCUCCAGAUCCAAAGGCAGCUCUUCCCCAAGUGCCUCCGGUUCCAUCUGCACCCUCUGCUCCCCCAGUUAUACCACCCGCUCCAGCUAGAACAGCGCCCAUAGUGCCACCUGCUCCAGUGUUGCCCACAUCAUUUUCCUAUAAAUCCCCACCUCCUCCUGUACCCCCACAGCCAAAAGCCCCUGCACCCAAACCAGUAAAAUCCCCCACUAGGAAUCCUGUUGGUCAUUUUAGUAAAGAUGCAAAUGUAAAUAAAGCUCCACCCACUGUCCCCCGACCAAGUGACAAAACAGAUUCUGGGCCAUCUGCCUCCACACCAGCUCCUGUCCCUGCUCCCAAACCCAGAACGGCCCCACCUGUAAGUGACAGCCAUUAA